GGGUUUACAAAACGCCUCUCUUAGAUUCUCCUUAACAGUGCCGUAGUUGCUGAGACAGAGGCUUGAGAGUCGCAGCGAUGGCACCAAGGAAAACCCCAAGAACAAGCCGAAACCCGGAUCUGAUUCGCGGCGUCGGCAAGUUCUCUAGAUCGAAAAUGUACCACAAGCGUGGUCUCUGGGCCAUCAAGGCUAAAAACGGCGGUGUUUUCCCUUGCCACGAGAAGAAGCCGGUGGCUCCAGCUCCAUUGGAGAAGCUUCCAAAGUUCUACCCGGCCGAUGACGUCAAGAAGCCAUUGAUCAAUAAGCACAAAGCCAAGCCGACCAAACUCAGGGCAAGUAUUACUCCUGGAACGGUGUUGAUUAUCUUGGCUGGGAGGUUUAAAGGGAAGAGAGUUGUUUUUCUGAAACAGCUCUCAUCCGGGUUGCUUCUGAUUACCGGGCCAUUCAAGAUUAAUGGUGUUCCUCUAAGGCGUGUAAAUCAAGCUUAUGUGAUUGCAACUUCCACAAAGGUUGACAUUUCCAAGGUCAAUGUGGAGAAGUUUGAUGACAAGUACUUUGCCAAGGAAGUACAAAAGAAGAAGAAGGGAGAGGGAGAGUUUUUUGAGGCAGAGAAGGAGGAAAAGAAGGAUCUCCCGCAGGAGAAGAAAGAUGACCAGAAGGCUGUUGAUGCUUCAUUGAUUGCAUCCAUUGAGGGAGUUCCCGAGUUGAAGGUAUACCUGGCUGCAAGAUUUUCUCUCAAGUCAGGCAUGAAACCUCAUGAGCUUGUCUUCUAAAGGAACUUCUCAGUUAUUAGGAUACAUGCUCUGCUCUGGAAUUUGUUUGAUUUAGAGUAUCAGGGAUUGUAUUUCAGAUUUUGUUCGGCAGAACCCAAAUUUUGUGGUAAUCCUAGUUUGCAUAUCCGUGACUGUAUUUCAGAUUUUACUGGGCUGGACCCCCAAAUUUUGUGUUACUAGUUUUCAGUUAUGUGAGGAAUUUAUCUUUUUCCAUUUUA